CCGCGGGCGCCCACGCAGGCUGCCGCGGCGGCGGGGAUAAAGGGCGGCGGGCGGGCAGCGCGCGGCACCGCGGCUCGGCGGCGCCACCGGCAUCUGCUCCGCAUCGCCCCGCACCGCACCGCCGAGAGGAAAUCAUGGUUAUGCUGAAGAUUUCAUCUUUCCUUGCUGUUUAUGCCUUGGUCGUGUGCCAGAUGGAUAGCUUCCAAGCAGCUCCAGUCAGACCUGGCUUGGAGUCCAUAACAGACAGAGUGACGCUCAGUGACUAUGAAGCCCGGAGACUAUUAAAUGCACUGGUGAAAGAGUUCAUACAGAUGACAGCAGAAGAACUGGAGCAAGCCUCUGAGGGGAACAGCCUGGAUAGACCUAUUUCCAAACGCUGUGCCAGUCUGAGUACUUGUGUGCUGGGCAAACUGUCUCAAGAAUUGCACAAAUUGCAAACUUACCCUCGUACUGACGUCGGGGCUGGAACUCCUGGCAAGAAAAGAAAUGUGCUGAGUGACCUGGAACAUGAACGCUAUGCAAACUAUGGGGAACCCCUAGGAAACAACUAGACAUGCUUAUUUCUGCCCUUCUCCCUUUUUUUUAACCUGAUGCAUGUGGAUCUAACUCUGAUUGCUAACUUUGCUAUGUUCUUUUGAUUCUGUUUUUGACAGAGAAUGUUUGAGAUGGACCUUAAUGUUAGGAAGACAGAACAUAACACACAUAACAAGCUAGGGGAAAACUAAAUAAAAAUGAACAGCACUGCAUUGAGAUUUCAAAUGAUUUUCUUAGAUAUUGAUUUAAAAAAAAAGUCUAGACAGGGUUCUUCAUUUCUGGCUACUAAAUGUACGAGUAGACUCUUUCAUGCCUGCCCAUGCACUUGUUCAAUAAACCUAUUUUUCUAUAAGGAUUA